UCACUUCUCUGUUUAGCACGAACGUUUGAAGAUCCAAGUGAUUGAAUCAAGCCUUAAUGAAGAUCAUUCGAAGUAAAUCAAAAAUGUGUCAAAGCAAACGAUUAAUUAAAUUUUGCGAUGUUAUAAUUAUAAAAAAUUGUGUCUACGUUACUUUUAUAGUAUUCAUGAUAACGAUGUGUUUCUUUCUGAACAUGAUGAUUAAAGAAAGCGAAGAAGUUUUCGGAGAUCCCGUGAUGAGAUUACCAACGGACUUAAAAUACAUUCUCUUCUGGAGGAAAGAUAAAGAUUUAGUUAACGAAAUUUAUUCAAAGUAUCGAUAUAAAUUAUCAGAAGGACAGACUUUAUUUAUCAAUCAAAAGUGCAAAUAUAUUAAUUGUUAUAUAACUUACGAUAAAAAUUUACUUCGUCACAACCCUAAAAACUUUGAUGCCGUAGUUUUUAAUGUUAAAGAAAUAGACAACGUCAAACAAAAAUAUCUAAACCUACCGAGAUCUAAUCACCAGCUAUACAUAUUCAAUUCUAUGGAUUCUGCUGAAUUAUUCCCCGUCUGUUUACCUGUUUAUGAUAAUUUCUUUAACUUGACAUGGACUUAUAGAUUAGAUUCUGAUAUACCUAAUGCAUUUUUUGAUAUAUAUGAUACGAAUAAAACGUUAAUAGGUCCGAAAAGUAAAAUGGACUGGCUUGAUAAUAUCAAACAUACAAAGGAAUAUAGAAAUAUCACCCGCAAGAAGACGAAAGCAGUCGCUUGGAUUGUAAAUAAAUGCAGAUCAAUAAAGAAGCAUAACCAACUUAUAAUGGACCUUGUAGAAGAGCUGGCCGCUUACAAUCAUAGUCUUGAUAUUUUCGGUCAUUGCGGUGCUACUAAAUGUCCAAACAAUGAUACAUUAAAUUGUUAUAAAAUAAUUGAAAGAGAUUAUUAUUUUAACCUGGUGUUAGAAGAUUCUGUAGCAACAGGACAUAUCACAGAGAGAAUGGCGCUCGCCAUGAUGCACUAUUCUAUACCUCUUGUCGACGGUGGAAAGGAAUACGAAAGUUAUCUACCUCCCGGUUCCUACAUCAAAAUUAGAAAUCAAACUUUGAAAGAGUUGGGUGCUAUUAUAGACUACCUUAUACGACAUCCUGAAGUUUACGAAUAUUUCUUUGAUUGGAAACAAUAUUAUUCUUAUAAAGUGAAACCUAAAGAUAGUGUUUGUAACUUAUGUGAGUAUCUGAAUACAAAUAAAGCUAAACAUAAGAUUGGAGGUUUAAGAGUGUGGUGGAAUCCCUUUUACUUUGUUGAAUGUCAUCAGAAGAAAAUGUUUGAUAUGUUUAAUAUAAAUUAUGAUUAGAGUUACAAUUAAGGUUUUUUAAAUUAGUUUUGAUUGAAUAAAGUAUUUGAAUAUUUUUAAUUUUGACCAUUUUUUUGUCCUGCAAAAAUUGUCGUGUGUGUACCACGGGCGUCGCAAUGCGAUGAUUCAAUCUGUUACAUCUACAACCUGCCCAACCCUACUUUUACACUAAUUGUGAUUGCAAAUAAUUAAUUAGUUGUCAUCAAAGACUAGCUGUUGCUUGCGACUUCGCCC